AGAUAAACAGACGCACUCCGCAGACGUUUGCAGUUAUCGACCUUACGUAUUAUUUAACACGCGACACGUUUAUUUAAAGGGCAAAUCUUCUUCGCGCACCGUAUUUAAUGUCUCUGUAAGACUGCAUUUGGUAUCUGGUCUCUCUCUCUCAGGAUGGUGUCCUACGAGCGGCUGAACUCUGAAGAUGUUCGAUUCUCCAGCGCGGUUCUGUCGGAGGAUCCUCGCCCCGGGCAUGAAGGCGCUGCCGCGGAUCCAGAGGAAGCCUCCCUGCUUCCCCGGAGGCCCCCGUGCUCCGUCACCACCUUCCUCCUGGUGAUCGGCGCCCUGCUGCUGCUCCUCUUCGGGGGCUGGCUACUGGGCGCCCUGUUCUGGCUGCACCGUCCCUCCCCCGACCAGCCGCACAGGCACCCGGCGCCCGGCCCCGCGCCAAGGGGAGCCAACGACACCGCGGCCGCUCCCCGCCGCGAGGCCUGCGGUGCCGUCCCCGAGGCGUGGAGGUUCGACUGCUACCCCGAAAGAGGCGCGGUGGUGACCCGAGAGUUGUGCGAGGCCAGGAACUGUUGCUUUGUCCCCGGCUCCUCCUCCUCCUCCUCCCCCGGCGGGAGAAACGGCGUCCCUUGGUGUUUCUACCCGAGGGAUUUCCCUUCCUACUCGCUUGUGUCGUUGAGCGACACGCCGCUGGGCCAGAAGGGUACGCUGGUCAGGGAGGUGAAGACCUACUACCCGGCGGAUGUCCUCACUCUGGAGGUGGAGAUGCGCCAUGAGACGGACACGCGGCUGCGUGUCAGGAUCACCGACCCCUUCGCCCCAAGGUUCGAGGUCCCGAUCUCCGUCCCCGCCGCUGCCGCCAAGGCCCAAAGUCCCGACUACACGGUGGAGCUCUCGGAGAGUCCGUUCGGCCUCGUCGUGAAGAGGAGCGCCACCGGCGUGGUGCUUCUCAACACGACGGUGGCGCCUCUCUUCUACGCGGAUCAGUUCCUGCAGCUGUCCACCUCCCUGCAGAGCCGCUUCCUGUACGGCCUGGGGGAGCACCGCUCCACCUUCCUGCAUGACCUGCGCUGGAACACGCUCACCAUGUGGGCCAGGGACGUGCCUCCCACGGAGCAGGCAAACCUGUACGGAGCUCAUCCGUUCUACCUGGCGAUGGAGGACGGAGGCGACGCCCACGGCGUCUUCCUGCUCAACAGCAACGCGAUGGAUGUGGUCCUGCAGCCCGCCCCGGCCCUCACCUGGCGCACCAUUGGUGGAAUCCUCGACUUCUACGUUUUCCUUGGUCCCGAUCCUGCUUCCGUGAUCGGACAGUACCUGGAGGUCGUAGGCUACCCAGCGAUGCCCGUCUUCUGGGCCCUAGGCUACCACCUCUGUCGCUGGGGUUACCACACCAGCAAUUCCACCUGGGAGGUUGUCAAGAGCCUGAGGAAUUAUGGGAUACCGCAGGACGUCCAGUGGAACGACAUCGACUACAUGGACCGGUCCAUGGACUUCACCUUUGACCCGGCCAAGUUCGCCACGCUGCCGGACCUGGUCAAGGACCUGCACGCUCACAACCAGCGCUACGUCAUGAUCCUGGACCCGGCGAUCAGCAGCUCGCAGCCGGAGGGCUCGUACUGGCCCUACGACGAAGGGCUGAGGAGGAACGUCUUCAUCAGAGACGCCGAAGGGGAGACGCUCAUCGGCAGGGUGUGGCCCGGUCUGACCGCGUAUCCGGAUUUCUCCGAUGACGUGACCCACGAGUGGUGGUACGACAACCUGCGGCGCUUCCACGAGAAGGUUCCCUUCGAUGGAUUGUGGAUCGACAUGAACGAGCCGUCCAAUUUCCUGGACGGGUCCACCCGCGGCUGUCCGUCAAACAGCCUGGAGAAUCCCCCGUACACCCCCGGUGUCCUCGGAGGUCUGCUGCGAGCGAAAACCGUGUGUGCCAGCGCCCAGCAGAAGCAGUCCGUCCACUACAACAUGCACAGCCUCUACGGGCUCAUGGAAGCGAAGGCGUCUGCGAGCGCUCUGCAGCGGAUCGCGGCCAAGAGGCCCUUCGUGAUCUCUCGCUCCACCUUCCCGAGUCAGGGGAUGUACUCGGGCCACUGGCUGGGGGACAACCGGAGCCUGUGGAAAGAUCUGUACACCUCCAUAGCAGGUGUCUUGACCUUUAACCUCCUCGGCAUCCCGCUGGUGGGAGCCGACGUCUGCGGCUUCAGCGAGGAGCCGCAGGAGGAGCUCUGUGUGCGCUGGACGCAGCUGGGAGCGUUCUACCCCUUCAUGCGCAACCACAACGCCCUCGACACGCAGCCUCAAGACCCGACAGCGUUCAGCCCUCUGGCUCUUAAGGCCAUGAAGCAGGCGCUGCUGCUGCGUUACUCCCUGUUCCCCGUCCUGUACACGCUGUUCCAUCACGCGCACGCACGCGGGCGCACUGUGGCACGGCCCCUGAUGUUCGAGUUCCCAGAAGACGUGCGGACGUACGGGAUCGACAAGCAGUUCCUGUGGGGGGCGAGUCUGUUGGUGACACCGGUUUUGGAGCCAGGCGUCGACUACGUGGACGGUUACUUCCCGCAGGGCCUGUGGUACGACUUCUUCACGGGCGACUCUGUGCGCAGUGAGGGGGAGGAGCUCCGCCUCCGUGCACCUCUGGAUAAGAUCAAUCUGCACCUACGGGAGGGCUCCAUCACACCAACACAGGCUCCCAACCUGACGCUGUGGGUGAGCAGCGGUCAGCCUCUCCAUCUGAUCGCGGCCCUGUCCGACGACGACGGCUCGGCCGCCGGCGACCUCUUCUGGGACGACGGCGAGAGCAUCGACACCUACGAGCGCGGCCUGUACUCCUACAUCGUCUUCGGCGUCGCCCAGGGCGCGAUGACGUCACGGGUGAUCCACAGCAGCGCGGAGGCCACGUACGUCACCGUGGAGACGGCCUCCUUCUACGGCGUGAAGCAGAAACCCAGCAGAGUGCUGGUGAACUCCCAGGAUGCAGCGUUCACCUACAGGGCCAACCAGGUGUUGACUGUUGGAGAUCUCGGUCUCAACCUCAGUCAGAACUUCACCAUCAGCUGGAUGUGAGGAAUGGGACGUUUUUAUUGGCUGUCGAAGCUUCGCCGUGAGGCCACGUGCUCUUUUGCACGGACGAUUGGGACGAACCGUCUGGGGCUCGUUUUUUUUCUUUCUUUUUUUUUAAACCCGCGGGGGCUCUGAGUAAAAGAGAGCUAAGGAUUCCUAAAUGUCCCUCCGGUGUUUUUACAAAUCUCUUUAAAUGAAUCUCAAGAAUACAGAAACAUUAGAAAAGAUAAACUGAUAAACUUCUAUCUGUGACUGAAGUUUGUCUUCACCGAGUUAAUCGCUCAAACCUGAACUUCUUUUUUUUUCUUCUUUUUAAUCAGCAGAUGAUUUUGUGCAAUAAGUGAAAUACCUACAAACAUGAGUGUUGACAUAGUUCCUGUCGUAACGCGUUGCAUGUGCAGCUUGUCGUGGAGGAGGAUGCAUGUGCCUCAGGAUUCCUGUCUGUGAGCGUCUCUUCCCUUCGAUGCACAACCAGCCGCGUCUUACUGUUUCGUUCCGUCUCCUUCCGACGGCAGAAUGUAAAUAAAACCUCACGAAGCAGCGCGAGUGUCGCGUCCCGAGGAGCCGCAGAGUGGAUUUUGAAAUUUUAUUUUUUCAUUUGUGGUAUUUAAUUUUGCAAAAUGCUUGAAUUUAAUUUUAAGAAUGUCAUGAAAAGGUCUGAAGUUCUGCUGUAUUUUACAAAUUGGGGAAACAAUAAAGAAAAGUGGAAUA